UUAUCUUCUAAGGCCGAUGGGUUGCCGUUACUUGUAUAUGGCAGGUGUUAGACAACGCAGAGUCUAAAAUCCUGAGCACAGGUGGCUCGGUUCGGGUGUCUCAGGUGUACGGACUCCUCCCCCGGGAAUGGAAUGCGGAAGCGCCGAUGGGAGGAGGAGCUGGCGGAGUCAGAGCGGCGAGACUCCCGGAGACAGUGUCUGGGAUACGGUGGGGGGGAUCCUGCACUGCACAGCGAGGAGCGGGGCAUUCAGCCAGAGACACGGGAGGCUGCCCCAAGGAAACGGAAGGGCAUUGCCAAUCCCACCAUGACCCCCGCUCUAUGAACCAUGUCCACCCACACAAGCCUCCUGCCCGAGUCGGAACCAUUGCCACCCGGGCCACCCCCAGGCGCCAAUGAACCCAAAAAGAAGAAAAACAAAGGGGGCACCCUGCGGCGGGCGCUGAGCUGGCUCCGAGGACGCAAGAAGAAGAAAGCGGAGGUCAAGCAGCAGCAGCAGCAGCAGCAGGAGGGCAAAGAACAAUCAAAACCCAGUAAGGAACCCCAGCCCAGCUCAGCUCCAGAUGAGGAAACUCUUGACAAUUACUUCUUUCCUAGUAAACGCACAGCCCUUGUGGAGGAGAUUCACAACCAAGCUCUGGAGGGCCUUAAAUCACUUCAGAGAAGAGGGUUUUUACCUCUCUCAGAAAAGCAGCAGAACAAGAUUCAGCUUCAAGAGGAGAACCAGAGCUCUCCGCCCCAGCCAGACAGUACUGAUAAUGGCUUUCGUGCUCGAUCUCAUUCCUGUGCCACAGAGAGCACUGAUGAUGCCAUGUCUGUUAGAUCAGAAAGAAUUCAGCGCAAAGGCUCAACAUUUAGACCUUAUGACUCCCCCAGUGUCUCCUCGGGGAGACAAGGUCGAAGGCGCAAAGAGAAAAGAGCCACUGUCAUGGGAGUCCCACAUCAUGUUGCUGCAGAACUGGGUCUAAAGUCCUCUGGUUCAUCAGCACACCGUGGCAUUCAUGAACUUUUUCCUAAAGAUGCACAGCCAGUUGGAAAGCAGACACUUAUUGCUGGAAUGAAUGGAAUUCCAAGAGCAGGGGAUAAUUUUGUGGUUAUUCCAACAGUAGAUGGUAACUCAACAUCAACCCAACAUGAAGGAGCCCAUAUCUCAUUAGCAGCUCUGGAGCAGACUGAGGCUGCAUGGCAGCGACACAUUGACAGGGUGUAUAAGGAUGACAGUUACAUUGACUUUAAGUCUGGCCCCAAAAUGUCCCCUUUGCUACUUCGUCCAAAGUCUCUUGCUGUACCUGGGAUGACUACUCAUUCACCUCAGAGUCCUGUCAUGUGCAUAUCACCCCAGGCCACAUACAUGUCCAAGAUCAUUCCAAAUGCUGUGCUGCCACCAAUGGUGGAUGUAGUGGCUUUGAGUCACACCAGUGUUCGAACCUUAAGUCGCUGUAGCUUAGCCACUGCCAGCCCAGCCUCUAUCCGAGGCUCUCUUCACAGGGGAAGAGGCCAGUCCUUUUCCAGUGACACCUGGAGUCGCUCACAGUCAACAGAGACAAUUGUAUCUGACUCUUCCACCAUUUCCUCACACGGUGGGGUCCGGGAAUCGAGCGAGUCUCGACUUAGCACUGGGAGAGCAUCACCGGCUCCUAGCACAGGCACCCAAGAAGGUUCGGAUUCUGCUAGCCUGUGCAGUACUCGAUCUUCCAUUCGCAGUGUUUCUCUGAGAAAGAGCAAGAAAGCACCCCCUCCCCCUAAGCGAACCUAUUCUCUGCAGCAGCAGAAGGAGAUGGGGCUUCCUCCUAGGCCUGAAAGAAAACCGGCAUCUAGAUCUACUGGUGCUCGAGAUCCUUGGGUGCCUAAAACAGAAGCAGCAAUGUUAGACAAUGAAGUAUUUUCACCAUCCAUGUAUAGUGCAAAGCUGAGUUCACCAAGCCGGUCAGACAGGACACUUUCUCCCUCCAGUGGAUACUCAAGCCAAAGUGGCACCCCUACAUUGCCCUCCAAAGCCAUUCUUGAAUCCUUAGAAUCUCCUGGUUCCCGCAGGAAAACUCCUCCAAAACCAGAAAGAACAAGUUUACUGAGAUCAAAGGAGGGAUCAUCAGUAAGCAGUAACUCUUCUAAUGAAGCCACUUCCCCUAUUUUGACCAACCCACCCAGAGCCGGUACUUUGGUGGGAAAGCAAGAGGGGCUAGAUUCAAUCCCCCCACAUCCAAAUGUGCCUGCUCCUUUAUGCCCUCUGCCAAGCAAAAUAAGCGGACUUGUUAAAACACCAAGUGGCACACCAGAUGCAUCACCACCUCCUUCUCAUCACCCCACACCACCACCUACCAGAAAAUCUGACUCAGAAGGACAGAGUAGGCUCAUCUCUCAGAAAACCUCUGAUCAAAGAGAAAUUCUGUGGCCCCCACCUCCUCCUGAUGUCUCUAACUUGCAAGAUACAUCUGUGGCAGACUUUCCUCCUCCUGAGGAGGAACUUUUCCUGCCUCCGCCACCAUCACUGGAUCCUAUACGUGAUUCUAUACUGAAUACAGAACAAAUAUGUAAUGUUUCCUAUAAAGAGGAGGAAAAAAGUUCCAGUGGGCCUUCUCAGUUACCCAUUUCAGUUGCCACAGAGGCCCAACCUAAUUCCACAACUUCUCCUUCAACUCAUUCCAUAGAGCCUACUGCUGUUUUUGUACUUAAUUCAGCACAUUCUUUGACAAUGGCUACACCUGUGUCUGUGCCUCCUUCCACAGAUACAUUGUCUGCAUUGGUCCCUCCUCUCACACAGCCCAUGCCUGCCUCUGCAACAAUUCCCACAGAGCAUGCGUCUGCACCUCCUCUUACAGAGCCUACACCUGCGUCUGUGCCUCCUCUCAAAGAGACCACACCUUCAUCUGUACCUCCAUGUAAAGAGACUACACUUGCAUCUGUGCCACCUCUCUCGGAGACCACACCUGCUUUCCUGUCUCCCUCUGCAGAGCCUACACUUCUUGGGGUGCCAGCUACCACAGAGGUUUCUCAUGCACCUCUUGUGCAGUCUGUAACUUAUAAAUCACAUACUGUUGCCACACCACAAGUGCUAAACGGUGCCGCCACCACUGUGCCCACUAUAGGAUCCGAUGUUGCUAAACAAUCUGUAUCCACGCUGGAUCCAACUAUUUCCACAACUGCAUCUAGAAGCACAGUUUCUACAUCUGCUUCUGUGCCAUUGUCUCAGUCCACUAGAUCAUCCAUCCCACUGGUGCCAGGGAGUCCCAGCCCCAAGCAAAGCAUGUGGAAGCCAGUAAGUGCCCCUUCAAAAAAGAUUGCAGCUCCCAGUCAGCCUGUUGCUGCUACACCAAAGGAGGAUGCUAACUUGCCUAUUGUGACCCCUUCUCUGCUACAAAUGGUUCGACUGCGCUCUGUAAAAGUCAGAGGUCCACAGGAGCACAACAACCAGUCAUUUUCUGGACUUCCUGUUCCCCAAAAACCUUUACGAAAAUCACUGUCUCAAAGAUCCCCACCUGGGUUUAGUCCCCCUGCUGGGGAAAUCAAUGUAGAAACUGCAAAGCCACAACAGAAAAUUGCAGAGCCUGGACACUCUCUUUCAACACAAUCUCCUGCCUCUGCCGCCAAUUUUGUGUUUUCCCGUGGGUCUAAAAAGUUUGUGUUUGAGCCCCCAACAUCAGAAGAGUCUGAAGCAUCACUGAAGAGAAACCUAGUGGCAGAACUUAAAUCACAAGGAAUACCACGAAGCCCAGAGGAGAAACCCCCACUACAGAGAAAGCCGAGUAAAAUUCCCCCACCAGUAGCAAGAAAACCAUCACUACCAAAGCCACGAACAUCAACAAGCUCUGACAUCUCCACAGGAGGCAACAAUGGAAGUGUGUGCACAACCUCCGACACAAGACCAGCUCCAGCAGCAGGGACAAAUGCAGCUGAAACUCUGGCGGGCCAUGAGCAGCCGCAACCCAGACCUGCGGAGCACGAAUGAUGCAUUGGGAAAAAAUUCAAGGUGAUGCAGUCUCAGGGACACCUCUGCUGAACACCUUUAACUACCGAAGUCACAUGAUUUGCCUUAACUACUUAUUAGCUGUGGUAUUUAUGCAACAACAGGUGUUACUUUUUACUUUAUUGAAUCUUUACUGGUACAUCUGCUUGAACUUAAAAGGAUGAAAUUAUUUUAAUAAGAAGAACCUUGCGUCUUCUGACUUUUGUGGAAAGAUAGUCGUGCAACCUGCAGCCUUAACCAGAGCUUGAUGUGUAAAACCUUAUUUGUAAAUUUUACAUGGACUUAAUUCAGGCUUUAGCUGCUGGUGCAGCCAGAGCUUUUCUGCCACAUGCAUUAUGAACUUUUUAUGCUGGACUCAAAAUUUAAUCAAAGUUGUCUUGCUCACAAUAGCAACAGCCAGAGAUUCAUAAAAAUUCUGGUGAUUAGAAUUUGCACAAGCUACUGUAAAUCAGCACACUUUCUUAAGAUGCUGCAUCUUUUAUUGUUUUCUUUUUAAUCCUGUGGAUCCAGAAAUAUAACGCUUUUAAGAAUGA